AUGUGUGUUGUGAAAAGCAGAAAUCUGUUUCAGACCAGAUGUUUGAGCUGUAAAGAUGUGGAGAUCAAUCACAAGAGCCCCAUCUGUCCAUCACUGGAGGGCAAAGGAUCACCUGAUCCUGACGCACCUGACGUGCUCAUACCUGUCAAAGACCUGCCCAGGUGUGAUGAGAAGGGCUGUGACGGGCUGCUGCGGCCGCAUGUCAUCUGGUUUGGAGAGACUCUGGACUCUCAAAUCCUCACUAAAGUGGAGAAGGAGCUGGAGACGUGUGACCUCUGUCUGGUGGUCGGCAUGUCCUCCGUCGUUUACCCGGCAGCCAUGUUCGGCCCACAGGUGGCGUCCCGUGGCGUUCCAGUGGCCGAAUUCAACACUAAGAUGACAGCAAACACACCACGCUUCAAGUGA